UUUGUUUACGUUUUUUAUUGGUUCUCAGAGGUGUAAAUUGUCGGUAGGUCAUCUGAACAGUCGGUAUAAAAAGUAACGCUUUUGGAGUAAAUCCAUAUUAUUCCAUCUGAUUCAUCAAAGUGAAGAGCUGUCCAAUAUUAUUAAUAUAUUUUGUGUUAAGUCAUCCAUAAUGCGUAGCUUGAGCCAAUUUCUAAUUGGAAUCACACUUCUUGUCUUCCUCUCCAGCUUUGUUCUUGGUAAUCCAAUCAACGAUGUAUCCAGGCCACUUCUAGUCAGCGUAAGAAAAGGAACAAACGACACCAAUUCAACCUUAGAAGACAAUGAAGAUUUCAACUCUACUGCAAGACCAGUCAUAUUAAUCGAAGACGAAGAAAUCGCAUUUGCCAUCCCUGAUGAAAGUAAUUUUACCGACUACAAUUCAGAGAAGAGUCCUCAGAAGGUUGAAGGAUUUAAGUCUACAUCACAUUCACCAGCUUCAUUAAUAGGUAGAGAACGAAGAUCCUUAGUUGAAGAAGAAGAUAAAUCUGAUAAAUCAGGUAGCUCAGAAAAUAGCUCUAAAAGUGGCGAAAGCAAAGAAGACAUCAACUCUACCGUUAUACCAGUUAUAUUCAUUGAGCAAGAAGGAAUUGCAUUUAUCGUUCCAAAUGAUGGUAAUUACACUUCAGAAAACCGUUCUGAGAAUGCCGAAGGCUACAAUAAAGGAACUGAAUCAUCCACUUCAACCUCCACAUCGACAUCAUCCGCUGGAUUAUUAGCAAGAGAACAGAGAUCUUUGGGAGAAGAAAAACAUAAAUCAGAUAGUUCUGAGGAAUCUGAUAGUUCAGAAAACAGCUCGGAAAGUGCUGAAAGUAAAGAAGUUGUUAGUUCAAAGUUGAAUUCAUCUUCUGCAUCAAAUGUCAGGCAAAAGCGAUCCUUUGGUGGUCGGAAAUUUAUUCCAAUGGUAUUUGGGUAAACAGUAAACAACAUAAUUUAAAUAUAACAUGGAAAAUAAUGUUUUUAAACAAUAUAACAUAUUUUUAAUGUAAUAUUGUUCAAAGUUAUUUUUGUGAUUAAUUUGUGUAAUUGAUUUUAUGAAAGAUUUGAUUGUCCUUAUUUAAUGUAUUCUUGUGUUUUUAGGAUUAAUAUACUUUAAGUUAUUUUUUAUUAUAUAAAUAAAUAUAUGUGAUAGUACCAAAUA